AUGGCCGCCCUCAAAACCCUCCAAACCCUGACCAUCUCCACCGCCCUCCUCACCUCCGGCGGCAUAGCAACCCUCUCACUCUUCGACAUCCCCAUGCUACGCUCCCAGCCCGCCUCGCGCUCACUACCCCUCCUGCGCUGGCUCUUCAGCCGCGGCUCGCACACCGCGCCGACCGGGAUCCUGCUGUCUUCCACGGGUUUCCUGGCGCUGGCAUAUACUUCCCUACCCGCGUCCUCGACAUCGCCAUGGACAUCGAUAUUCUCAUCUUCCACGCUCUCGGCUCUCACGCAAGGCAAGCCAGCGCUCUACCUAACAGCCGCGACCCUCUCCCUCUUCGCCGCGCUCUUCACCCGCGCCAUGCUGCCCACAAACUUCGCCCUCAUCGAACUCAACGAAGCCCUCGGCGGGUCCAAGAGCGCGGCCUCAGCGACGUACCGCGAGCGCGUGGGCGCGCAGCCUAGGAGCGCGCUGGAGAGCGUGCAGGGGAAAGAGGAUGUCGGGGAGUGGGAGGGCAGCGGGCCGCAGGCGAAGACUCGCAGGGAGGCGAGUGAGGAGGAGGAGCAGAGGGUAAGGGAGUUGUUGGGCAGGUUUGGGGGGUUGAAUUUGGUGAGGGCGGGGUUGGUGGGGGUGGGUGGGGUUGUGGGGUUGGUUUGUGCGCUGGGGUAG